AUGUUACUAACUUUACUGUACUUGCAGAUGUCCGCUGUUUACGGAGAAGCGUUGACUCCGCUACCAGCGGUCCAACCAACACUUCAGCUUCUAGUGCAUGCCGCUACAGCCAUCUUCGUUAGUUCUGAAUUUAACGACACUGUCCCUUACACGGUCUUUGUUUCCUGGGAAACGUCCAACGAUCAUCCCGUUCAACAAUUUCCGCAACUUCUAGAUCAAGUCUUACGAUCGUUGGAAAAGGAACACAUUGUAGUGCGGAUCAUCUACCACAAUUCAGUCGAAACCGUCCGUCCUCGGACGACCAAUGUAUUCUUCGUCGACGGACUGUCAGCCUUCGAGGAACUUCACGCAACGAUUCGACCCAAACAGUACGACUUCACCGGGAAUUACAUCAUCAUUGUCUUGAACGAGAAUGAGCAAGCUGAGGAGGAGUUCGUUGCGGAGCGUAUUCUACAACUGAUGUGGCAGUACUAUGUAGUGAACGUCGACGUGCUGUUCGGUAGCCUGGAUUACGAAGAAGUCCGCAUGUACACCUACUUUCCAUUCAAUCCAGGUUCCUGCGAAAAGGUCAAAUCCCUUAACAACUUCCACGGUUGUCCACUGACCGCCGCAGUUUAUACCUAUGGCGCUUUCAUGCGUCUGCAGCACGGACCUGGAGAAACCGUCGUUGGGAUGGAUGGGAUAGAUGCAGUACUGCUGCGGCAUAUUUCGGCAAAGCUGAACUUUUCUACCGUUCUACGAGAGGUUCCACAUGGCUUGCGGUUCGGAUUGAUCUUCGAAAACGGAACCACUACGGGAGCGAUGAAGAUGGUCAUCGAAGGAGAAGCUAACUUUACGCUAGGUUUCUUCGGAUACAACCAGCUAAGGCUGAAGUUCAUGUCGCUGUCUCACAACUAUCACUUCACUGCGCUGGUUGUGAUGGUAUCGGCCGGCGAGGAAUACGAAGCCUUCGAGAAGCUUUUGUUGCCAUUCACCAACACUCUUUGGUUUGUAUUCCUGGGAUGUAUAUCCGUUGGAUUUUUGGUUAUCUCUGUGAUCAGUCGGAUGGGUACCAGAAUGCAAGCUUUCGUGUUUGGAAGCCGCAUUCAAUCGCCAGCCGUAAACCUCCUGAACGUUCUCUUCGGAGGAUCCCUCUCCGUUCUCCCUACCCGAAACUUUGCCCGCUUCCUACUAACUCUGUGGCUUAUCCACGGUUUGAUCACCCGCACGGUCUACCAACAAGCCCUGUUCAAUUUUCUGCAGCUCUCCACGAACCAUUCGACGAUCACGACCCUCAAACAACUCAUCGACGGCCGUUACCCGAUCUAUCUGAUAUCCAGCGAAGAGUAUGUCUUCAACCAUCUUCCUGAGCUGCAGCCUCAGGUUCGAAUCAUUCCGGACGCGGAAAUUAAACACUACGACGACGCCAUUCGCCGGGGACAGCUCCGCGGGGAGCGAAUUUCCAACUACGAAAAGGUCCUGUACGACAACGCGAGGUUCGCCGACGGGCAGUACCUGCGGAUGUUGAAGGAACGGCUGUACAACUACGCGAUCAGCAUUGGCUUGCGGCUGAACUCCUGUCUCACGAAGCCCUUCGACGACACGCUGCUCGAGUUGAUUCCGCAUGGGAUGGUGCGGGCGUGGGUUAACCGCUACGUGGACGACAAGUACGCCGUAGUUCCGGAGGCUUCCGAUGAGCGGAAGCAGUUAACCGUACGGCAGCUGUUGGGGGCGUUUCAGCUGUGGGCGAUUGCGCUUGGUGGGAGUUGCGUGGUGUUUUUUAUGGAGAUUUGUUGUUACUAUCUUGCAAAGAAAUGUUAGGAAUGG